CGCAAUUUAUCUGUCAACGCGGUUUCCCACGGGACAAGCGCGAAUCGCCAGUUGCGUCUGUCCGUCAAAAACUUUUAUCCUCAACACACCCAACCUGUCCCGUUUCCAAUCGCAAUCCGCCGAAAAAUUCCCCGGAACGUCAAAGUCUGGCAGCAUUCGAGGCGGUGAAAGUACCGCUCGAUUCGAGGCGAAUCGAAAUGUCGUGGAAGCCACACACCGACGCGGCCGUCAUGAGAGUGAUCAAGGACAAUCUGCUGAGAUGGACCUGCGAGAGACAGGCUACCGGCUGUCCCCUCGACAGACAUCUCCUACGUGACAAGGCCCUCGAAUUGGUCGGCGAGCACGGACUGACCGACUUUAAAUAUUCCGAGAAAUGGCUGACAUCCUUCCUGAAGAAGUAUGGCCUCUCGUUAAAUGAGGAACCCAGCGGACCGGUCUUCAACAAUUACCGGCUCUGGAUCAACAUGAUGCGAUCCGUCAUCACUCAGUACAAGCACAAAGACCUCUUCCACGUGGACGAGUUGACGAUGUACUCGGACGUUUCCCCUACCAGCGUAUCGGUGUCGACAGCGCGGCAGGACGAGCCCGAUACGAGUAUGAAGAAGACGACGGUACUGUUGUGCUGCAACGCCUCCGGCACCGAGAAGCUGCCGUUAUUGAUCUGCGGCUCUUAUCUCGCCGUAAUAAUGGGAAAGAAUCACGUGUACAGUCACAGCGAGGACGCUUCGGUGAACGAUGGUCUCUUCAGGGAAUGGCUGACGCAAUUGAACUGUCGCAUGUCGAGCAACAAUCGCAGGAUCCUGCUGCUGUUGCACAGGAAUCGCAUCGGCGCUCUUCGUGAUCUCGAGCUGAGCAACAUUAGGCAUGUCUUUUUCCCCGAUGACUUCCCGCCGUUGUUGAGGCCGCUGAAGAGGGACGUCUUCCAUUUCGUCAAGAUGGCCUACAGAAGAAAGUAUGUGGAAGGAAUCAGAGAGCGUAGACACCGUUGGAACGUCGAGAACGUAGUGAGAAGCUUGGCGGAAGCGUGGCAAGAAGUCCCGCGCGAUCUCAUUAUCGCCAGUUUUCAGCGUACGAGCUUUCGGACCGACGAUUGCUUUCUGGAGAUCCGUUGCGACGCGUGGGAGGACCUGGAGACGGAGGUACCUUUCAGGAAGUUCGUCACGUUCGACGAUUAUCUCACGGCCGGGGCAUCGCGUAAACAGUGCGAGUCUACCGGCAGGAGACACAGCUAUAAUCUCAGGAGCAGGGAUGUCGAUUGGAAGAAAACGAACCCGCUGAAAAGAUCGCAUGACGAGGCUCAAUUAGACGAAGACCUUUACGAAGAGGCUAAGCCGUGCGAUGAAUCAACGUCGAGGGAGAAUAAAGAUAUCGCCGGUAUUCCAACGUCGGCGAGGUCGGCUUCGAAGGUCGUCGACAUCCAGACGAUCGAAGGUACAGCUCGCGGCUCCAAAUCCGACGACGUCCACUCGACGACGCGAGCGAGCGUGAACGAAUCGUGGACAGACACGGAAUACGAUCGUAAACGCGACGAGAUGGCCAGCGAGGAGAGAUGUAAAAAUGCUCGAGUAUCGGGCAACGUGCGAUCGAUCGGAUCUCCGGAGACCGACAACGUGAACGGCGACGUUGCGUCGCAACAAGUGUUCGACGACGCGUCUGCCGUUGACUCGGGCGCAAAGCGGCCGAGCGCGAGGACGGUCUGCCGCGCCAUUCCGAGAGACGAGACGGUCUCCGAUCUGGACGGAAACGUCGAGCGUUUCCCGCGGAAGUCGCUGAAAAGACGUUCCGUCGACGUCGACGAAUCUCGGAAUAAUUCCGACGAUGAUGAACCGGAGCGGAAACGAUCGAGGUCCGAUUCCGAUUGGACGAAGCAGUACGAGACGUCGUUCGUCUUCGGCCCGUUUGACUUAGCGCGAACUGCAACUACUGUUUCCGCCGACGCCCUCGCAAUCAGUGGUAGCGGCGUACCGCAACCGAGGCGCUCGUGCGAGACGGAGAGGAGUAUCUUUACCAUAAGGCCCAGGAGAGAUUGAAGACGAUAUCUUAACGGCAGUUUACAAGAAAGAUGACGGAUCUCGGGGAAUCUAAAAAUCGACGGAGAAAAGUAUGCAAUCAAAUAUCCAAUUGUGUGCACAGUAAACAAUUUUGUAAAAACCACGAAUGCCGCUAUAAAUCUUACACAUAAUGCUUCUCAUCGAUGAACGCAAUUACGUAGGCGACAAUUUAUUAAUUGCAAUCGAUAACGGACCAGUUAAUCACACUUACUACGUAAUAAACGCUUUGAACAAAAAAAAA